AUGUUAUUGUUUUACUUAUUUAAGAUUAAUACUGAAUGGACAUUAACAGAAUCCUGCCAAACAUGUAAAUGUUUAUCGAAUAAAAUUGUUAUUUGUCGAAAUCGAACAUGCCAAAUGCCACAAGAUUGUCAAAUGGGUGAACAAUUAACAAUUAAAGCAGGUAUCUGUUGUCCAACAUGUUCAGCAGUUCAACGUUCUUGUCUCUAUGAUAGUACUGCAAUACUUCAUAAUACAAUAUUCUAUCCAAAAUCAUGUCUACAAUGCCGCUGUCGAGAUGGCCAAUUGUUCUGUAAUGAUAUUUGCCGUCAAUCAAUCUUACAAAAUCGAUGUUCAUUUCAAAAUGAACUCUAUGAAAUAAAUUCAAUGUGGUCUCCAUUACCAUGUAUUAUAUGUCAGUGUACGCAAACAUUACAAAAUCAAAAUGUAUCAUCUGUUUGCUACAUUAAACAAUGUCCUAAAAUAAAAAAUUGUCAUGAAUCAAUUGAAUUUAUUCCCGGUCAAUGUUGUCCAAUAUGUCGAACAAGUAUUUGUCAUGAUAAUACUGGUCUUACUUAUCAAAAUGGUGAUGUUUGGACUAGAAAUAAUAAUUGUACACAUUGUAUAUGUAAAGAUGGAUUAAUUAUGUGUACAGAAGAAGCAUGUCCAAUUUUACAAUGUAAAUCUAAUGAAAAAGUUGUUCGUUUAUCCAAUAGUUGUUGUUCAAUAUGUAGUAAUCGACAUGUAUGUAGAUUUUAUGGAAAUAAAGGUUAUCAGAUCUUUUAUGAACAUGAUAUAUGGUAUACAUCAGCAUGUCAAUAUUGUACAUGUCGACGACAUAAUCGUAUAAUAUGUAAAAGUAUACAAUGUGAACAUCAAUUUUGUCUUGAAAAUGAAAUAAAAGAAAUACGAACAGAUAGUUGUUGUGUAUCAUGUCGACAAGCUAAACAAUGUAAUAUAAAUGGUCAUAUACUUACGGAAGGAUCUUAUAAUGCAAUUGAUAAUUGUACAUUAUGUACAUGUACAACAAAACAUCAAUCAGAAUGUUAUUCAAAUUGUCGUGAAAAUGGUUAUGAAAUAACUAAAUUAGAAGCAUCAGGCCAACAUCGUAAUCAUACAAUUAUUAUUACAGAUAGUUCAGCUACAAUAAUUAGUUAUUCAAAAGUUGGAACAAUUAUAUCAUCAUCAGAAACAAAUUCACUUCUCUUUCAAUUUUUUUCUUCAACAACAACAACAAGAUCAAAUGCUGCUGUUCUAUUAGGUAUUAUACAUAAUUCAACUGGUCAAAUAUCAUAUCGUCUUAUUAUUGUCGAUUUUGAUUCAACUAUGAAUUAUACAAUAAGAAAUCGUAGUCUUUCAGAUGAAUUACGUCUUUGGAUGCCAUCGAAUACUUCAACUACACGAGCAAAAAAAUCAUCGAUUACAAUAUUUGAAGAAGAUAAAAAUUCAGAACAAAUUAUUUUAAUAAUUCUUAUUAUAAUUCUUUCAUUUAUUUGUUUUAUAUUAAUUUUAAUUAUUAUUUUCCUAUGUUAUCGACAAAAACAAAAAAUUCUUGAACCAACAAAUAGUACAAAUAGUUUAAAACGACCAACAUCAUCAUUAUCUGUUGUCGAAAAAUUUCAUGCACCUGAUUUAACAACGAAAGUAACACUUUUAUCACAUUUUCAUGUAACUGAAUCGGAUUUUGGUACUGAUGUUUGA